AUGAUCGGUGUUACCAAAACGUCUGGAUCAAGAUCUGCCAACAUUGCCCGCUUCCCGGAAGACACAGCGGCCAAGCGACCGCAAAAGAAUGACGCCGUGAACGCGCGCAGUAUCACGGCCAGUUCUACCUCACCACACCAUGAGAGUGGAAAAGGUUUGGGUUUUCAACAAAAAAUCUACAUCAAGGGUGUCGACCCAUUGCUGGUCGACAAUGACCUCGCGCUCCCGCUACGGAUUGAUCAUCCGGUUUUUGCGUCAAGCUCGGGUCCAGAAGAUCGGAGAAGGGUCGAGGACCGGAUCGCCCAGAGAAGGGUCCAGAACCGGAUCGCCCAGAGAAACUACAGAAAGAAGCUCAAGGAAAGGCUCGAAGAACUCGAGCGAAGAGCCGGCUUCGAAGGGGAAACAUGGAGCUCGACGGAUGUGAUCGAGCAUGUGAGCUAUUACUGUGCUCCCUUGCCACCAGUUUCAACCUUCGAGCUGAAAUCUCGGGAAUGGCCUGAAGUCUCAAUGGCUUUUCAGAAUCCCUCCUCAGUGCAUCUGCCUACCGAACAAGACCUCUGCUUUGCGCGGAUUGCUGAUGAAAGUGACGACAAGAAUUCAUCUCUUUCCGAAGCAUCAGAGGCAGUUUCCACUUCUACGUUGCCACCAGGCCAUCGGUUUCGAUCGACCAAACAGCAGCUAGUGAAGGAUUGCCUGUUAAGUUUUGCAGAGUGGCAGCAGUGCCCUCAGAAUUCGAACAAACGUACCGCGAAUCCUUCGGCAUCACAGGCGCAGAAGUCGAGCAAGAGAGCCAAGCGAAGCGAGGAGGAGAAGGGAAAGAACGACGACGAAGCGAACGAUGAGGACGAGGAUUCUAAUGCCAAGGCAGCGGGGGCUUCAGCAGUGAUCCCCCUCGAGAAGACCAAGAGCAUCAUAUUCGCAUGCCCUUUCUACAAAGAGGAUCCUCUGAGGCACCUUCAGUGUCUCAGAAUCGAACUCAAGAGGAUCAAAGACGUCAAACAGCACCUCAAUCGGAAACAUCGACAACCGUCGUAUUACUACAGACGACUAUCCGAGGAACAGCAAUGGUUCACUGUGUGGGACAUUAUGUUUCCAAACGUGCCGCGUCCAGAUUCGGCCUAUCUAGGAAACCAGAUUGAAGAAUCCAUGGUCAUGAUUCACGACUUUUGGGACGCCAGCGGAAAGGCUCUGGUAUCCAAUGCUCUUUACCAACGGGGACUGAUACCAGACCCAUACGUGCCAGAUGAGGAUGUCGAGCUCGAGAGUUUUCUGGCCGAGACGCUGGAAUCUGUGGUGGAAGAGUUGCUGGUUUCCUGCCGAACGCAAAUCGCGGCGAAUCUUGCCAGGUCGAAUCAUCAUUGUCACGAGGUGUCAUUAGCUUCAGAAAGGAUCUCAACCUCGGAUUCUGGGGGGACAAUGCAAACCAACGACACAAAUGAGCAGAUUCAACAAACUGUCGACUCCGCCUCGGCAGGUGAAAGGAGUAAGGCACAAGAAAAGCUCGUCGGCUGCGACUUUCUGACAGGUCUUGGAUUGGUUGAGCCCCUAGCGGGUCAUGACACCUACGGUGCUGCUGAAGGACUACAGUUCGACCUGACGCACGACUGGCCUACAGGGGAAGAGGGCUUCACAGAAUUCGGUGAUCAAGAUUGGGAGCUAUUAGCGGGUAUGGAUGAUUUCCUGCAAGUUAAAAAUUGA